AUGAUCUAUUGUACAGAAAAACCUGAUUUUGUCUAUGAAUUUAAACGUAUUAUGGAAGGUUGGGUAUUAACAUGUAUAUGUCUAUUUGGUAUAAUUGGUAAUACAUUAACAUGUGUAAUAUUACUUCAUUCACAAAUGCGUAAAUCAUCAACAAAUCUUUAUCUAUUUGCAUUAUCUUUUGUUAAUAUAAUUGUAUUAAUUGGUUAUAUUUUAUCACAUGGUUUAAGAGGAAUUUUCUAUAAUUAUUGUUCAACUAGUAUAACAUCAUAUGAAUUAUUUUAUUCACAAAUAUUUCUUAUUACUUAUCCAAUUCAUAUAACAACUAUGUUAAUAUCAAUUUAUUUAGCUGUAUCUGUUACUAUUGAUCGAUUUUUAAUUAUAUGUAUACCAUUUCGUAUGCAAAAAUUUCAUUCUCAAAAAUCUGCUUUAUUAGCCAUAAUUUGUGUAUGUUUAUUUUGUAUAAUUUAUUGUUUACCAUUUUGGUUUGAAUUUACAUAUGAAAAAGAUGUUUCUUAUUCAACAUUUGCAUUAUCAUCAUUUGGUCAACAUCUUUUAUUUCGAUUAUUAAUGAGAAAAUAUCUUUAUCUUAUAUUUGUAUUUUUAAUACCAUUAUCAAUAUUAAUUUUUUGUAAAACAUGUAUUAUAAAACGUUUAAUUAUGAUUCGUAAAAAACGACAACAAUUACAUAAACAAGAUCAUUCAACAAAUUCAAUUACUUUAUUAUUACUUACACUUGCUGGUGUAUUUUUAUUAACACAAUUUCCCUAUUUUUUAUUUAAUAUUAUUUAUGCAUUAAAAGGACCAGAAUAUAUGGAAACAAGAAAUGCUAGACUCUGUUUAAGUGUAAACAAUAUUUUAUCUGUUAUUAAUGCAUCAUCUGUAUUUAUAUUAUAUUCAUUUUUUGGACAAAAUUUUCGAGAAGUAUUACGAAUUAUAUUUUGUUGUAAUAAUCAUCAACAUAAAAAUAAUGUUGUUCAAUUUCAAUUAAUACGUCAGAUUAAUAUAUAA